CCCCUUCAUCCUCAUCGUUCUUGCCUCGUUUUUAAUUCACUCAGGGUCACAGAAGCUCAGCUGACAAGGUUUUUCCAUGGCAACUGUUUCCCUUUUUCUGUACUUUACCAUUCUGGCCCUGUUACUUCAAUUCUUCAGUCCAUCUCUUGCCACACAGGAUGACCUUUUAGUCAGUACUAAACAUGGGAUCGUUCGGGGAAUGUUUGUUUCUGUACCUGGUGGCGCUGUAAGAGCCUUUCUUGGAAUUCCUUAUGGAAAACCCCCUCUCGGAGCACUAAGAUUCCGAGCUCCAGAGCCAGCAGAUGGAUGGGAAGGGGUGAGAGAUGCAACAAAAUUCUCCAAUUCCUGCUACCAAGAACGGGAUACAACAUUUCCAGGGUUCAAGGGUUCAGAGAUGUGGAAUCCAAACACCCCUCUCAAUGAGGACUGUCUCUAUCUAAAUAUUUGGGCCCCACACUUCAACAAAAGCAAAACUCAACACUCAACCUUGGCUCCUGUCCUCGUAUGGAUCUAUGGAGGCGGGUUUACUGCGGGAACGUCUUCUCUGGAUGUUUAUGAUGGCCGCUAUCUGAGUAAAUCAGAAGGUGUUAUCGUAGUGUCAAUGAAUUACAGAAUCGGCGCUCUUGGAUUCCUGUCCCUUCCUGACAACAAGAAUAUUCGAGGUAACGCAGGGCUGCUGGACCAGCGUUUGGCCCUGAGCUGGGUAGAAAAUAAUAUUGCUGCUUUUGGAGGAGACCCUAAAAAUGUGACCCUGUUUGGGGAGAGUGCUGGAGCAGCAGGUGUGGGUUUACACCUGCUCUCCCCAGGCAGCAACACCCUUUUCCAACGCGCUGUGUUGCAGAGCGCCUCCCCCAAUGUAUACUGGGCUACGCUGAGCCAGAAAGAGGCCUGGGAAAGAGCUGCAAGUCUGGCCAAAAAAGUUGAUUGUCCAGUCUCUCCUCAAUCUGCUAUGGAAGCAUGUCUGCAAAAGAUUGAACCUGAGAAACUCAUUCAACUGGAAUUUAAUGUCCAUACACAGCCUUCAUUUUUAUACCUCCCCUUCAUUCCUGUUGUCGAUGGGGACUUCCUACCAGAUAACGUAGAUGUUUUGCUGGAUACUGGUAAAUUUGCAAAAAAAGAGGUGGUGAUUGGUUUAAACAAGGAUGAAGGGACCUACUUUGUCCUAUAUUCUGUGCCUGGAUAUAACAUUACUGGUCAGAGCCUGAUUUCCCAGACCAACUUCCUUCAAGGCAUGGUGCUUGCAAUGCCAGAUAGUGACAAUGUCACAAGAGAAUCAGCCAUUUUGCAGUACACUGAAAUGAUAAACCAGGACAAUGGCACAGAAAACCGUGACAUGCUGGGAAGAAUGAUUGGAGACAAAGUGGUGACUUGUCCCGCACUCGAGUUUGCUUACAAAUACUCACAACAAGGAGGUAAGUGCUUUGUAUAUUUGUUUGACCACCGAUCGUCCACCAACCCCUGGCCAACAUGGGCGGGUGUUAUGCAUGGUUACGAGAUAGAAUUUGUCUUUGGAAUCCCGCUAAAUGAAAGUCUUGGAUAUACAAAGAAAGAAGUGAAUAUGACGAGGAAGUUUAUGAAACACUGGGCCAACUUCGCCAGGACAGGGAAUCCAGGCAUUGAUGGAGUUGAUUGGCCUGUCUUCACCCCAGAACGACAGGAGUAUGUCACUUUGAAUUCUGACAAUCCACAGCAUAAGAGCAUGAUGAAAGCUAAAGAGUGCCACUUCUGGAACAAACUGUUUCCAAAAAUACCAAAAGUCUCAGAUGAUAUGUGCACUUGUGUCCAAGAUGAUGGGACCACAAUCGGCUGUAACUGUACUUUGCUCCUCAUGUUUCUCCUUUUGACAUUAAUAAACUGACAAGAUAAGAGAUGUCUUCAGGCUGUCUUGUCC